CUAUUCUGAUUUAGAACCAGUUUAUAUUUCGAUCGGAGAUUGUUUACAUAUGCAUGGCGACGGGAAUUGAUCGUGUAAACAACAUCUUAUAACAGCAAUGGCCGAACUUCUUAUUUAUAUCAAAAAGAAUAGUUUCAACAAUAUAUAUUGUUUUCAGGAAUCAUGACAGCUCUAUGCUAACAAAAUGGCAUCACUCUCUGCAGCACAAGUUCCCUUGUUGGAUGUAAAUUUUGGCUUAGGUUCAACUCAAAAAUCGUAUGGUGGUAAAAAAGCUCCACAUGGGUUCCAUUCAUAUACAGAGGAAGACGAACCAUUGCACUUAACCAGUAACAUUCCAACAAAAUCAUAUGGAGGAAAGAGGGCGCCAACGUCAAGUUUAAUUACAGUUAACUUGGAUGAGGAUUCUAAGUUAACUUGUGUGAAAAAAUCGACAUUAUCAAAUAUAAUUGUCCUGAAUGAGGACGAGGAGUCAUCACGCUAUAAAUCCUAUGGAUUAAAGAAAAUUAUUUCUACAAAUAAUGGUCUAGUCAGUCAAGAGAAUGAAGAGGCUACCUCACAAGGAGGGAAACGUUCAAAUAUUCCUUUAACAGAUAUUAAAGAAGAAGGACAGUUAGAUAGUGAGAAAUUGACAUUACCACAGCACGGGUCUAAGCGAGGGGCAUCAGGGCCUCUAGUAACGUCCAGUGAUGAAGAAGAGAGUCUACCUCCUUCCCCACGUUCUAGUGUGAAUAGUAGUUCAUCCGUCCAACAUGCAUAUGAACAUGAUCAUGACUAUGAAAAUGUAGCCUCUCCUAGUGGAAGCAGUACAGCCAGUGGUCCAGUAUAUAUAAGACCCCCCGGAUUUCGUCAUCAUGCACAAGAAAUUAAAAAAGUGAAAAAGAAGAAGACUACUGAGUUUGAUUUUAAGUCUGCUUUGAAAAAGAGAGCUCCAACACCUCCCAAAGUUAGACCAAAAAGAGAGUCAGUGCCGAUGAGAUUGCGAGCAUUGCCACAGUCAUUUUGGAAACAACCAAAUGUUCCUAACCCUGUCUCUCCGGCUCCAUUAUUUCCGUCAUUACCCCCACUUGGAUCAAAAGACUCAAGUGAAGAUAUAACAGACAUGAGACCCAUCACUCCACCGGAUGAGAAGGAGAGACACAAAAAGCAGCCCAAACAGUCUGAGAGAAAAGUUUACAUCACAGGAGACACAGACUUACUCCUCAAACAUCUGUUUGAUAGGGCUGUUGAAGACAAAAAGAACCCACAAAUAAAGAGGGGAAGACCAAGAAAAAUUGCUGUUCCAAGAGAGACAGGCACUAAGGCUCUUAUAUCUGGAGAUGACCCUUAUCUGGUGGAUGCAGUCACACAGAAAUUGUUCCCUCAGCUCUCCCUGGAGUCUCGGCAGGGACAGAUUGGUUCCACCACCCUACAGUUGGUGACCCUAAGGGACGGGGAUAAGUCUGUCACUCUUCCAUCACUCAGCAUAGAACAAAAUUACUCUCAGAUGCUGUCAGACCUGGCGAUGAAUAUCUAAUAUGCCUGCCAACCAACUCCUUUUCGAACAGUAUCUGCUACGUUGGCUCAUGAUAUUCUGGUCCUGGCCAUGAAUAUUUGAUCUCAUGGCUGAAUGAUUGAUUUGAAAUCAGGAUUUAAUUUAUUUGUUAUUUAAUAGUUUGUUACUGACAGUAAAUCCGUAACACCUAUAAUGGAGAAGACUAAGAAUGUACAUUAUAUGUACAUGUGUAUAUAUUGAUUUAUUGAUGCUUAUAACUAAUGUGUACACAAAAUUGGUAAAUUUGUACGACUUUCGACUUUUCGAAUACAAAUUUGCCAUUAUUUUUGUGAUAGCAGUUGGUUUAUUUAAUGUUGUUGAGUUUUUUUUUUAAAGUGUUGUUAUUUUACAUCUAAUACUUAUGGAAGGUGAUUCCUUAAUUAACAUAUAAUGUUAAAAUGGACAUUUUGUACUUGAAUCUGCAACACUGUUCAAAAUCAUUUUAAGUCACUGAGCGAAAAAUUUAACUUUACAUUUUUACAGUACAUGACACUAUAAUUAAUGGUUAUUAAUAUUAAGGUGCAUUUUUUGUACUUAUUUGGUUCUGUCACAAGUUCAUGUAUACUAUCAGGGUUAUAUUUAUUUACAUGUCUAAUCUGUUAUUUAAAGAUCUAGAUGAAGUCCCCAUCUUCGCUAGCCAAGGGUUUAUGGCUGAUGAAAUACUUUAAGUACACUGUAGUAUAUUGUAAACCCUUGGAAAGUGAAGAUGAAUCAACUCUGAAUUGUGAAAUAAACAUAUUAGUAUGUUUGGUUAAAGUUUAGCCAAAAGUUUUAUUAUAAAUGAUUAGAGGUAUUAUUUUAAAAAAUUCAUUUGAUUAAAUUCAAUGGAUAUAAAGUUUUAAUGAAAUAAGUUAAUCGUUGGCUUUGUGUUUUUUCCCCAUAAUUUAUUUUUCAUUAUUUACAGUUUAUCAAUUUAGUAAUGGAGCUGCUUCUAAAUAUGAAUUUUUUUUUUCACCCAAGAACAGUUCU